UCAGUGGUAGGGCUCGCAAGGAGAAAAAAGAGGAAAAGUGGGGGCUCUUCUGAUUCUCUCUCUCUAGGAUUUUUGGAGAAGAUGAAGUCGAAUCAAAGGCAGAGCCUUGAAGAAAGCAACGAGCUUGAACACGGCGGCGACAGUAACAACACCACCACCUCAGCGUCUGGCCCAUUAGUGGCGGACCCACCGGCGACGGCGCUGACGAUGAAGGAAGAGCUGACGGACCCAGUUCAACAUUUAGACCCGCAGGGAUCUCUGUCCAUGGGGAUUGUUCCGGUACCCGUUUCUACGGCGCUGAAACCGGCUAGGAGGUCGUCGAAGGACCGCCACACGAAGGUGGAGGGCCGGGGCCGGAGGAUCCGAAUGCCCGCCGUGUGUGCAGCCAGGAUUUUUCAACUGACCCGGGAACUCGGCCACAAGUCCGACGGCGAAACCAUAAGAUGGCUACUGGAGCACGCCGAGCCUGCUAUCAUUCAAGCCACCGGCUCAGGUACCGUCCCCGCUAUCGCCAUCUCUGUCGGCGGCACUCUAAAGAUACCCACUACUUCCCCUGCCAGACCCAACGGUGAAAUUACUGAAAUACCCAAUAAGAGAAAGAAGAUGAGAGGUUCCACGGGUGAGUUCAUUGACGCGCACGACCAGAACUCUCUGCCUAGUGGGUUGGCACCCAUAGCACCAAUGACGUACGGCGGCGGUGGAGGUGGCUUGGUGCCUAUGUGGCAAGUCGGAGCAACCGGCGCGGCUGGGCCUUUCUUCAUGUUUCCGAACUCCGGGGCGAUUCAGAACCAGCCUCAGCUCUGGGCUAUUCCGACGGCGGAUUCCACGGCGCCGAUUUUCAAUUUCCAACCCAGACCCAUGUCCGAUUUCGUCUCUGCAUUCCAACCUGGGGUUCAAGUUGGUGGUGUUAGCGGCGGAGAUGGGCAGUUGCAGGCUUCUUCGGGUUCGAUGUCGAGCGGCACAGCCGCGGGUGGUGGUGGGACCUGCUCUUCUAGUUUGGGACACAGUUUGGACUCGGCCUCGGGGACCAGUGCUGCAGCCGCCGCCGAUGCUCCGCCGAGCUCCGCCACUCAGAUGCUGAGGGAUUUUUCGUUGGAGAUUUAUGAUAAGAAGGAGCUUCAGUUCAUGGGGCAGGCUGCAAAUGCACAAACGACAUACUCGGAAUCUUGAAUCGGAGUUUUGAGUGAACUAAUUUCUAGGGUUUUUAGAGGGUUUAGGCCUUUAUAGUAAGAUGCACAAAAGCAUUUCUGUUUUUGCUUUUGUCUCUUUUGGUUUGUACUAAUCAAAUCCUUCGGCUUUUGCCUCUACUUUGUGGCCUUAGGUUCAAAGUUUGCAUUUCUCAUCAAAUAAAUGGAGACUCUGCGACAAUCUACAUGUAAUGUCUCAAGCAAAUUCAACAAUUAUGAUUUGCGGCUA